CAGUCGAGGGGCCAAGCUUUGCUCAUCUUAGGCUUGCAUGCAUUGAACUUGCUGCUUCUCCAGGAAAUAGGACAAAAGUUGUGCUUGCCUAACUAAAUGCCAUACGGGGGAGCUGCUGAGCUGCUUUUACCAGGGAAAGCUCUUGGUUGUCCCUGCUCAGUGGCUGCGUUUUCCUUUUGUGUGUGUACAGUAUGUUUUUCUCUUGGUGGGCGGAAAGCUUCCCCUUGCCCAUCUGAGUGCGAUGAGUCUGCCUCUGCUCUGGUUUCCUUCUGAUGGAAGAAUCUACGGCUUCCACUAGCAGGACGCAAAGCCAAUCCUUGAAAAUAUGAGCCCGGACAACAUUCACACUGUUCCAGAUGCUUUGUGUUUGUGCUGCCACCGGAAAAACUUCACUCUGAGAGGAAAUGCAGCUGUGGAAAACGGCAUCCUAGGGACUGAAAUGAGUUUGCAUUCUGGAGGACCUCCAUCAUGAAUAGAUAUACAACUAUUAAACAGCUGGGAGAUGGGACUUACGGUUCUGUUCUCCUGGGAAGAAGUAUUGAAUCAGGGGAGCUGAUCGCCAUUAAGAGGAUGAAGAGGAAAUUCUACUCCUGGGAAGAAUGUAUGAAUCUUCGAGAAGUUAAGUCCUUGAAGAAACUCAACCAUGCCAAUGUGGUGAAACUGAAAGAAGUUAUCAGAGAAAAUGAUAAUCUGUACUUUGUGUUUGAAUACAUGAAGGAGAACCUUUAUCAGUUAAUGAAAGAAAGGAACAAAUUAUUUCCCGAAUCUACUGUCAGGAAUAUUAUGUACCAGAUUCUUCAAGGGCUUGCAUUCAUACAUAAACACGGGUUUUUCCAUAGGGACUUGAAACCUGAAAACCUCCUUUGCAUGGGACCGGAACUUGUGAAAAUAGCAGACUUUGGCCUUGCACGGGAAAUCAGAUCCAGACCUCCCUACACAGAUUACGUAUCCACAAGAUGGUACAGAGCUCCUGAAGUGCUUUUGAGAUCCACUAACUAUAGUUCUCCCAUUGAUAUCUGGGCUGUCGGUUGUAUCAUGGCAGAGGUUUACACACUCCGGCCGCUCUUCCCAGGAGCUAGUGAAAUUGAUACUAUGUUCAAGAUUUGCCAAGUGCUGGGGACGCCAAAAAAGAAUGACUGGCCCGAAGGCUACCAGCUCGCCGGCACCAUGAAUUUCCGCUGGCCUCAGUGCGUCCCAAACAACCUGAAGACCCUCAUCCCUAACGCAAGCAGCGAGUCAAUACAGCUCAUGAGAGACAUGUUGCAGUGGGACCCCAAAAAGCGGCCAACGGCAAGCCAGGCUCUUCGAUAUCCUUACUUCCAGGUUGGCCAAUUACUGGGCACCUCACGCUCUGCUCAGGAGCUGGGAAAGCAACAGAGAGACCUUCCUGAUAAAGCACAAGUCCACAUGAAACCCAUUCCACCAGCACAGCCACCUCCUAAAGCACAAGUUCGCCUUUCCUUCAGACCAUUCCAGCAGAACCAGCCCCCCCACUCCCUGAUAUACCCCUACAAAACAGACACCACCGUGAGUGACCAUUUAAGAGAAGACAAACCUAGCCAGGUGGCUUUGCCAGAAAUUCACAAUAAGAUUCCUCAGCAGAAAGCAGACAUUGGGACAGAGAAGACAAAUGGGGAACUCAAACCAAAGAACCGUCGUAGAUGGGGAAACAUUCCUGGGACACUAAAAGACUCUGAGGAUUGCGAAGAUCUGGAAGAUGGAGGUGUUAACUCUUCACUUGCCAGAAAAGACAAAGGACAGAGUGAUGAAGCUCUUUGUAGAUUUGAAAGUAUCUUGGAUCUCAAGCCGUCAGCCUGCUUAGGAACUGGGAACAGCGCACCUUCCUACCUCCGGCAGGACACACCAACGUUGCAAGUUUCUGCAGCCAAACAACAUUACUUGAAACAUUCUAGGUAUUUACCUGGAAUAAGCACAAGAAAUAAUUUAGUCUCCAGUUCAAGCAAAGAUUUCAUGCCGUCCAAUCCAUGGCCCAGUUCUAAUUUACCUGGAAAGACAUCGGUGGUGGCAGGAGGGAUCACCAGGCUGAACUCCAGCAACACAGGAGCGAGUGGGCUAAGGGGUGCUUACAUCCCUUCAUUUCUGAAGAAAGAAGUUGGCUCUGCUGGCCAGAGGGUUCAGUUAGCGCCGAUUAUUGAUGCAUCUUCUUCAGACCCAUCUCAAUACACUUCGCUGAAGUCUGUCAGACCUCAUAUAGGGAGGCCGUCAUUUAACAUACCUAUGAAAAGCACACCAGGGCUGCUGCCCCACCCACCUCCAGUUCAACCAGUCCAUGGACGAAUUGACUGGUCUUCAAAAUAUGGCGCUCACCAUUGAACUCUUGAGCUGCAGUAUGCGUUUCACAAACAGUGACCAAUGAUAAGACUGUCUCCAGCAAUAUUUUAUACGCUGGCAAUUCUAUCGAUCGUUUUUUUGUAUGACCAAGACAUUUCAAGACUGUCGAAGAGGGUUUAUUUUUAGUUGUAUGUAUUUGAAAGCAAAUCUUGGACCUUUUUUCUAUCAUUUUUAUUAUGUGAUUGGGGCAAUUAUUUUCAUAGAACCAAUACACAUUUGUAUAUCAGGUUUAGUAUUGUGGGUCCCCUGCUUUAUUUGGCAUUUUUAUAUGAUGAACUUGUAACUUUUUUAAAGAAAACUAUUUUUCCUUUUUUGGCCAUUUUUUUAUAUAAGUGAAUAAAUGUAGCAGAUUGAAGCAGUA